GCUCCCACUUUGAGCCUCACAAAACUGACAGACAGCAGUCCUCAGAACAUCCCGUCUCACACCAGGACACUAAAGUAGAUGCAACACGAUGGGGGCUUCUUCUUUUUGGUUUUUACAAGAUUAAAAACAGUUUUGAUCAGCAGAAAGCUAACUGUUGGAUGUUGAGGUACACCAUUUCAGCGGAAACAUGUUUAUUUUUUUAUGAUUUUAAGUUGGAUUUUUAAUUUGACACAUUUUAAACGAGAAGACAAUCCGUGGUAAUCCAUGAACGCAGUAUGUCUGGAUCUUUGACGUCAGCUUAAGGUUUUUGGACACAAGACUUCUUCUACCUUUACCUGACGCAAUGGCCAGCUUUACACAAACGCUCCUAAAGUUUUCAUUUGUUUUAUACAUUUCUAUUCCUGGAUUGCACUGCCAGCAAGAUUGCACCGGUGUGGACUGUCCUCUUUUGAACAACUGCAUCGAGGAAGUUCUCGAAGCAGGUGCGUGUUGUGCUUCGUGUUUGCGCAAAGGCUGCACUUGCGAAGGAUACCAAUACUACGACUGUCUAAACGCUGGAUUCAAGAAUGGGAAAGUACCAGAAGGAGACUCUUACUUUGUAGAUUACGGCAGCACUGAGUGUUUGUGUCCAGCAGGGGGUGGCAGAAUCAGUUGCCAUUAUAUCAGCUGCCCCGAAAUGCCCCCAAACUGCAUAGAUAUGUCCGAGCCGGUCGAUGGGUGCAUGCAGUGCGAGCGCAUCGGCUGCAUUCACAACGAGCAAAAGAUUGAAGCGGGGCAUUCUUUUCACAUCGAUCCCUGCCAGGUUUGCCACUGCCCCAAUGAAGGAGGGACGCCCAUGUGCUACCCUGUGCCAAACUGCAGUCCAGAGAAUGUCCAAAAAGCGAUGUUAAAUGGACCGCCGCAGGAUGAGUCCGUUAUUCAACACAACACGUACCCUUACAUGUUUAACCAGCAAGAUCACAUGGGUCAGUUCCCCACGCCUCAUCACAUUCCACCUGAGGGGAAUCUACCUCUUUUCAAAACACCUGACAUGGACAAUGAAGAGAUGGAGGACUACGAUUAUGGACCCACUGACUUUCCAGACACCUACCGUCAUCCUUUGGCUUCUUUUACGCCUUUCAACAAAGACAGAAACCUAAUGCCUCAUAACGGAGAUCAAACCAACAAAUUUGAACUUAAAGAACGCUUUGGAGUUCACAACUACUUUUCAGAGAUAGCAGGAAGACCUACAAGAAUCCCAACAUCUUCUAGAGAGACUACCUCUCAGCCACUGGACUAUGAAGACGUCACUACUUCUUGGAAACUUUCAAAGAGUCCUACGUUCACAGACUUGACAGAUUUCAAGUAUUCUUUAAAGGAACGUAAGCAUUUUGGUAGUUUUGUUCUUCCACUAGAGAAAGAACUGGGCAUUGAUGAACUUCUAGAGGAUCCAGGCUUAGAGAACUCAGUUAAUCUUCAUGAAAGUUCAGAGGUCGAGACUAAAGCAUCUUUGAGAAAUCAGAUCAACUCGAGUAGUCGAAGUCAAGACAAUGGACACAUGGAUUUAAAUGUUCUUAAUCUUCCGCCAUAUACUGUAGAAAACCCACUUCAAAACACAGACGUAACUCCUACUUCAGGCCCGGAGGAGCAGUUUGCGGACGAAUACUACGACGAGGGUGAAGACGUAGUGCCUUUGGAGAAUGUUACAGCGCUUCAGGACUACGGUGUGCUUUACAACGUUAACCCAGUCAAUCAGGAAAAAGGUAAUGAGAAACCAGAGAGCAGAAACGCCACUCCGACCUACAGACAAGCAACCCCAGAAUCUACAACGUCUACGACUUCUGCUGCAACUACUACUAUUACUACUACUCCCUACCAAGCAACAUCUUCAGCUUAUUUAACCACGACGGCAAAACCACUGUUACAUUUCAAGCAAGAAGUAAACAGCACCUACCAAAACCCCAGAGACAAGGCCGUUUACGUCGCUCCUAAGGUGGAAGAACCGCGGAAGGUUGCAUCGGAGAAAGACAUUUCUGAUCAGUUUGGAUUACACAGCAGAUCUGAAGGUGGGGCGGAGGAUGACCUCGUCCAGAGCUGCUGCGUCGCCGGGCAGACGUGGGCCAAACAGAAUGAGCACUGUGUCGAUAUGCCGUCCCUCCACAGUGACAAGGACUCUAUAUGCAGUUUGGCUCAGAAGCAGUGCUGUCUGAGCUCAGUGAGGGAGAUCCAGUGUGAGUCUGGAGUCACCGCCGCCCGAGCGGGGAGCCCCUGUGAUGUGGACCAGGAAGCCCCAUGUCCAGACGACUCCUACCAGGUGUGCUGCGGCUGCUGUGCCCUGGGUCUGCAGGUGCGUCGUCAGCGUCUGAGCUGUGACAGUCACCAUUUCCUGGGUUAUCCGUGUGGACAUGUGUUUCUGACCUGCUGCGAGGACGAGCCCGACCCCAGCCACACCGUCCUGUGGAGUAAACACAGUGUUAGAGCCACGACAAGACCCAGGCAAGUGUUGAACAGCCCCCUGCCCAGACAGGCCCUGUCCAUCUCUGCCACAGAGGAGGCGACACACACACCGCAGGAGGAGGACGGCCUGGACCACUGCCAGGUGUACGCGGGGCAGCUGUGCCAGCACACCUGCACCAACACCUACGGCUCCUACCGCUGUGGCUGCCACCAGGGGUACUCCCUGCAGCCAGACGGGCACUCCUGCACACCAGAGAGCCCUGACGAAGACAACAGAGUCACAGAAGAUGACGGAUAUUUUGAGACUAGCACCACCAAGACCUCCACCACCACCAGCACCAGCCCAGUUUACUUCAACCCAUGUGAAGACAGACGCUGUGGUCAGAAGUGCAGUGUGGUCGGGGGUCGUGCCCUCUGCUCUUGUCUCCCAGGCUUUUCUCUCAUGACUGAUGGACGCACAUGUCAAGCCGUAGACGCCGGGCAGCACUGCAGACGGGACUCUCAGGGCUCGCUCGUGUGUGUCACCUGUGCACCAGGACGUCAGCUCAACAACGGACGCUGUGAAGAUAUUGAUGAAUGCAAGUUACAGACUCAUAACUGCGGAGGGAGUUUUGUGUGUGAAAAUACCCCAGGAUCCUUCCGCUGUCGACCUAAACUCAAAUGCAUCACUGGAUUCACUCAGGACCCUCAUGGAAACUGUAUCGAUAUAAAUGAGUGCAGCGGUCGGACAGAUCCGUGCAGUCCGGGCUCCCACUGCAUCAACACCGUGGGCUCUUACACCUGCCAGAAGAAACGCAUCACCUGCAGCCGAGGUUAUCACGCCAACGCUCAGGGAGACGCCUGUGUCGACGUGGACGAGUGUCAGGUGGGGUCUCAUCACUGCGGAGCUGCUCAGAUCUGUCACAACGUCCCGGGAUCGUACCGCUGUGAGUGUCAGACGGGAUACCAGUACGACGCCCUGCGCAAGAUUUGUAACGAUGUGGAUGAAUGCUGGCGUUUCCCUGGGCGUCUGUGUUCUCAGAGCUGUGAGAACAUCCCCGGGUCCUACCGCUGCUCCUGCACCUCCGGGUUCUCCCUGGCACCGGAUGGAAAAAACUGCGAAGACGUAAACGAGUGUGAGAAAAACCCCUGCAGCCAAGAGUGCGCCAACGUCUACGGCUCGUACCAGUGCUACUGCCGCCCGGGAUACCACCUGAAGCAGGACGGUCACACGUGUGAAGAUCUGGACGAGUGCUCUCAGAGUAUGGGGAACCUCUGUGCCUUCCAGUGCGUCAAUGUCGUCGGCAGUUAUCGGUGCGCCUGUCCUCCUCACGGUUACGUCAUGGCUGCAAACGGUCAUACGUGUAAAGAUGUUGACGAGUGCACAACUGGUUCUCAUAACUGCUCCGUGAGACAAAGCUGCUUUAAUCUCCAGGGAGGCUUCAGGUGUCUGUCCUUUGACUGUCCUCCCAACUACAACAAAGUGACGGACACUCGCUGUGAGAGGCUCAGCUGUCCCUCCAACUCUCCGGACUGUCUCAACUCCCCGCUGCGCAUCACCUACUACCAGCUCAGCUUCCAGACAAACAUCAUCGUGCCGGCGCAGAUCUUCAGGAUAGGCCCGUCUCCCACUUACGCCGGUGACCACAUCGUUAUCAAGAUCACCAGGGGCAACGACGAGGGUUAUUUCAGCACCCGCAAACUCAACAGUCACACGGGAGCGGUGUACAUCCAGAGGGCGGUCACAGAGCCACGGGACUUCCUCAUCGACGUGGAGAUGAAGCUGCUGAGACAAGGCACGUUCACCUCGUUUCUGUCCAGAAUCUACGUCUUCAUCACAUCGAGCCACAUGUGAGAAAAAGACCCUGGAUCUCACGGACUCAUGAUUUCAUAUGGUGCUUUUUUUUUGUUAAUGCAGGAAAUAAGUUCUAUAGUCAAACCGAGAUGCAUCAGCGGACAUAUUUAUACCAGAAAUGAUAAAAAUAUCCAUUAAACAAGUGACACAGAGGCCAUUCUUUCCGUAAAAUUAACAGAUUUGCAACUCAGAUGCUCUAAAAAUGUACUGUAAACAUUAGCAAAUACCUCAAAACGUAGUUUAUUUCAGUAUAUUUGUCUGGAAAAGCAAAGAUUUGAUUUGGAUAUAAUUGUGUAUAUCAACAUUUUCAUAACGUUUAAGUUUAACAUUAGAUUAUUAAUGUUACAGUGUUAAUUUCCCCACAGAAUCCACAAAAAAACCCAUAAUUUGCUCCACUAAAGUGCACUUGAGGUUUUAUCAGUCACAACCAAAGCCAGCGUGUGAUGUAAAUAUUUAUAAAAGUUACCCUCGGAUCUGUUUUGCGUCUGCACUGUACAAAAAAAGGAGUUUCUAUUGUAGUUUUUCUGCUUUUACUAUUAUCUGCACCUAAUGUACGUUGCUGUUAUUAUCUCAGGGUAUUAUCAAUGCAAACUUUUCUACACAAAACAUUUAUUUCAAUGUUUAAGAUAAUGGAAAACUCAUUAAUCCAUGCCCACUGUAUUCAAUAAAAGUAUAAAAGU